AACUUGUACUGAGAUAAGACAGACGCCAUUUUAAAGUACGUUUGUUUACAAUAGAAGGGAAAUUCUAGUGAUUUGUAAUGGAAAUUUUUGAGUAUUUGGAUGUAAGGUAGUACAAGAGAAGUUGUUAUAAGACGUGUUUCAUUCUAAGUGAUAGGCAAAGUUAUUCGUCGCCGUACACAUGAAUGUAAGCAUUUAUUAUACGUUUCAAUUCGACACAUUGGGAACUGACGUAGAAAGGCGCCAAAAAACUUAUUCCAGUCUAAUGUCCUUGCAUUUGUCACGGCUGUAGAUUUCCAGUCGUGUGAGUCGAUUUGGAGUUUACCUUCCAAGUGUAAUAUUUACAGCCACUAUGUUUUACGCCCACUUUGUGUUGGCAAAGAAGGGCCCUCUGGCCCGUAUCUGGCUGGCUGCUCAUUGGGACAAGAAGCUCACAAAGGCACAUGUUUUUGAAACAAAUAUAGAAAAGUCAGUUGAUGGUAUUUUGCAACCAAAGGUUAAGAUGGCACUACGAACAUCAGGUCAUUUACUCUUGGGAGUAGUGCGAAUUUAUUCACGGAAAGCCAAAUAUCUAUUGGCUGACUGCAAUGAAGCAUUUGUGAAGAUAAAAAUGGCCUUCAGACCAGGGAUGGUGGACCUACCAGAAGAGCAUAGAGAAGCAGCCGUUAAUGCAAUUACUUUGCCAGAGGUGUUUCAUGAUUUUGAUACAGCUAUGCCAGAGCUUAACUACUUGGGUUUCAGUGAUGUGGACAUUGAGGCUCAGUUCAGUUUAAAUCAGUCCCGUGCAGAGGAGAUAACUAUGAGAGAAGACUAUGGCAACAUCAACCUAGUUGCAAGUGAUGAAGGCUUUGGAGAUAUGGGUUUUGACACAGAACCCCCAGAGCUGAUGAGAAAUGUUUCUAAUCUGGAGCCCUCACUUGAGCAAACAAACCUAUUGUUCAGUGAUGGUCCGCCCGUUGAUCAUAUUUCCCUGGACAAAGAUAAGGAGCCACAGCCGUCUACAUCAGGAGGCCAGUCAUCACGGUUAGCUCUGGAGAUUGAUACGCCGAUACGGGACGAUGGAUUUGGAGGAAAUUUGGAUCAGGAUAUCACAGCUGGGGGACUGUUUGAAGGGGGCCUCUUUGAUGAUGCCCCGAUGCCAGCUGAAAUUGCAGCUGCUGAAUCGAGUUCAAUUCAGCAAGCGGAGGAAGCAGAGAAGCCUUUAGAAGAUGCCGCUGUCCAUGACAGUGAUGAUGAUAUAGGGGAUCACUUUGGGGGUCCACCAUCUGUUGGGGGACAGAGUGUGGAUGCAGACUCACGUCCUGCCACCCCUGCACAAGGCCUUGUUUCAGAGCCGCCACCACCAGAGCCACAACCAGUGGUCCCACCUCCAGUAGAGCCAGCAUUUCAAGACCAAAUUGAGGAGCAGCCUGGCAGCGUUGCACACGAACAAACAACGUUACUUCAGAAUGAGGAGGAGAGCUUUGCCCUUGCCCCUGUGGAUGCCUCAGCACUGAGAGGGUUUACAAAGACAAAACGUAAGCGUAAGCUUAUUGUUGAUGAAAUCAAAAACAUAUCAGGUGAGGAAAUGAAGGCUCAACUGUCGGACACAAGUGAUAUUGUGACAACGUUGGAUCUUGCUCCUCCUACAAAGAGGCUGAUGCACUGGAAGGAGACUGGUGGUGUAGAGAAGCUGUUUGCAUUACCAGGUCGCCCAAUUCCAGCCAGAGCACUUUCAAAGAUUUAUCAGCGCCAUCUGACAAGUAGAGCUGCAGAGAACUAUGAUUUUGGCCUGACUGGGGAUGAGAAUGAAGAUGAUCUUGCUCUGGAGCAAGUGAAGGAAGCUGAGGGAGAGGCGCAGGUGGAGGUGACCAUGAGUGGAAAGCGUGUUGUUCGCAAGAGGAAGCUACCAGAUCAUGAUGAUGCUACGGUUAACAAGAAACUGGCAGAACAGCAGGGAGACCUCCCCCAGGAUCAGGUGGAACUGCAGCAGUUUAUGGCUCCUACUCCUCUCCCCCCACCUGCCACCCCACAACAGUUCAUGCCCCCUCCUAUACCACAACAAACCUUAUUACAGUCAGAGGUGCCUGACAUGAUAACGCUUGGUGCUGAGUCUCUUGAUGCUGCUCAGUUGGCAGGCAUGGUGCCUACCUCUGCUCCAGCUUCUGUUCCCUUACUAGCUCCUCCAACCCCAGGAGUUCCACCCCCAACUCCAGGGUUGCCACCAUCAACUCCAGGUUUGCGUCCCACUACACCUGGUCUAGUACCCCCUGCUACCCCCAUGCCAUCUACACCACUCCCCAUGGAUGUGGAGAUGCCACAGAUACCUCCAGAUCAGGUGCAUUCUCUGUUGGAGCAGCAUGAUCAGUCACUGGUACAUCCCAUGACACCAGCAGGGCAAUCCCUGCCUCAGCAGCCUGCUAAUAAAGUUAUCGAGCAGGCGCCUCCCCAGACACCAGCAUCAAUGCCAGAAGAGCAGCUACACCACAUGGAGAACAUGGGAUACGACCUCAAUAACCCCCUAUUGGCCAACAUGGGGUACGAUGAUCAACAUCCACCUGCGCAGACACCGGGUGCCAUUUCAGAAAGAGGGGUAGCAACACCAUGGAAUGAGGACUAUGAAUUCCCAGCAUCAGUUGGACUGCCUGAGGAACAGCAAGUGGAUGAGACGUAUGAGCAGUUUGAGGAGCGAGUUCUCAACAAGCGUGCUGGACACAUGUACCAUAUAGUAAAGAGCAAGCUCAUGCGCAGUGACAAACUGUUCCUGUCGGAAAUGGUACAUCGAAACAACAGGAAACAGGUGGCCCAGAAAUUUUACACACUCCUUGUGUUGAAGAAACAUGUAGUGUUGGAACUGCAUCAAGAAAGCUCGUAUGAUGAUAUUAUGAUCACACGAGGUGCAAAGUUUGAAAAUCCGUCUCUCUAAAUGUCUGUUGACAUGUGGUAAGAAAAUAAUGGUGGACGGAAGUGUAGUUGUGGAUUUUGUAAAUAGCCAUUUCAUACAAAUUCUAUAGACAGAUAACUGGUGCAUUAUAUGUGCCUGUUUGGUGUGGGAGGUUUAGCAGGAAACGUAAAGCACGGUUUGAUGGAUGGAGUGUGUGAAUGGAUGUUGCAUUUUAAUUUGGAACAGUUUAUAUUUCUGAGUUUUGAAAAUAAUUAUGUGCUGAAUAGGAAUGUAACAAGUAAAGACACAGUGCAGGAACAUGCACCACUCACAAAUACUGUCUGUUCCCUUUAAUUACUGUCCAAGAUGUUAUCAUUUUCAUUAAUAUAUAUUAUCAUUAUUUUUAUUUUUUCUUAAUCACCACUUCCCUUAAAUAGGUCAGGUGGUAUGAACUUUUGCCAUUGAAUUAAAAUUUUCUUUCCAUAUGAAUUUAAAUUGAUUACCAGUUCUGUUUUACCAGAUUGGAAAGCACCGUGAAUCAGCUGGUGUAGUUUAUUGUAAUACAGUAAAAUCUCAGUGUAACAUUUUAGAAUUUUGAAAAUAUCAUUCAUCUCAUAACGAAGUAUUUAAAAGUAUUUUACGAUAACAUAUCGGUAUAACAAGAUUUCAAUGAAUCACAGCAGAACAUCAUCUGCAUUCGAAAGAAACGUAUUCAGUUUAACAAAAUUAUUUUGGUGUUAACAUUUCCUGAGCAAGCAGUAUUUCAGAAUUAAAAAAAAAAUCUUUGUUUCAUUCAGAUAAUAUACUAGAUGUCACAAACAUACAUGCACUGUAGUCUAGAUGUCAGUUUAGUGAACUGUAGGACACUUUUCAACUUCUGUAAUUCACCUGGUGCUCAAUAUGACACUGAAUAAAACUAGUAGUGAUGGUGA